ACAGAUUACUGUAAUCUGUGCUUCAAAUUUUCAUAGCCUACUUGAGAAAUUUUUAUUUUUAAAUUUGAAUUCGAAUUUAAUCAUCUAAACUCACCUCAGACCCCUCAAAUGAUUCGACCAUUUCUCAUAUUUUCUGCUGUGAUUGCAACUACAGUUAGCGUUUUUUAUAUUUUGAAAAAAUGGAAAUCCAAGAGACCUCCGAAGAGGUGGGUUAAAGUUGGAAAUGUCUCGAAACUGUACAUAUAUCCUUUAAAAAGUGGAAGAUAUAUUGAACGGGAAAAGGUAGAAUGUACAAGAUUCGGAUUAUCACUUGUGAAUGAAGAUGAUAAAUUUCAGCUCCGAGAUCGAUCCUUCAUUGUUUAUGGGGAGAUUGACUUAGUUGGAAAGUCUGCUAGAAUUUACCCAAGCAUGGUUUUAAUAACAAUUUCAAAUACUGACAAAACUCAUGUCUCGCUAUCUGCUCCUGAAAUGGAAAGCAUUAUUUUUGAAGUACCUUCAAAAAAUAAGAGCAACGUUAAGACUAUAAGAUUUCAGAACUGGAGUGAUGAAAAUGUUCUCACGAUAGAUUGUGGGAAUGAAGUUGCAAUGUGGCUUUCAAAAUAUCUUCUUCAAAAAGAUUCUGGUUUACGUCUGGGGUAUCAUGAUGCUUCUUCCUAUAGAAGCCUCAGUUCUUUCAAGGAUAAGAAACAACUUCAAUUCUAUCAAUAUGUAACAGAUGCAUGCUUUGGUCUUUAUGCGGACUUGGCAGCAGCACUACUUCUAAAUGAGAAAUCGUUGAUCGACUUAAAUGAGAAGCUUGAUAAUAAAAUUUCAAGAAAUCACUUCAGACCUAAUAUUGUCGUUGAUGGACCAGACCUUGCUCCGUACGAUGAGGAUAAUUGGUUUUGGCUGAAAAUUGGAGGCGUAACAGUUAGAAAUGUAAAAGACUGCACAAGAUGUGUGCUUUCAACGGUGAAUCCAGAGACUGGAGUGAGAGACUUGAGUAGGGAACCUCUGAAAACACUGUCCAAAUAUAGGAUCAGUAAAGGACCAGGAAAAGGUCCCAUCAUGGGUGUUAAUCUGGAAAUUGUGGUUCCAGGUGUUAUAAGUGUUGGCGAUGACAUUCUGGCUGGUAUCGAUGAUUAGUCAUCAAAGUUCACAUUAUCUUAACAUUCUGUGAAUGAUAUUGAAGCUACUAAGCAUGGAUACAACUUUUGAUUUCAAAAUGAAAAAGUGGCAGUAUAAUUCACCGCAACAGUUCCUGUAUUUUUUCAGAAACUAUUUUUAAACAUAUUGUGAUAUUUUGAUACUUUUUUAAAACAGUAUAUAACUCAGUAUCCCUAAGAAAGUCUCAUUUUUAUUUUAUAAUGCUUACCAUUGAUGGUCAUUACCAGAAAUAUAUAAGGUUGUGAUUUUUUUUAAUUUUAGAAAAUUAGUGACUCAAUUUUAAAAUUGUAUCAUGCUUGAAUAUAAUGCAUGAAGCUAACUUAUUAGGCUUAUUAUCAUCCAGUAACGAGUCAGAAUAUUAAUGAAGUAGAAAUGAUUAAGGAAUCUGCUAUAUUUAUUCUUGAAAACAGGUUUUUAUUGUUUGGGUGCAAAAAUAAGAGAAACAAUGAUAAAUAUAAUUUUACUCUAUUUUAAACCACAAUAAGUUACCAAUUAUUGCAAUGGUUAGAUUUUAAUAUGUAUAAUAUUUAUAUCUUUGUAAACUUCAGAGCUGAACAAAUAUAUAAAUUAUAAGUGUCA